GAGAGCAUGGUCUCUCUAGGGGCCCCCGCGCCUCAGCCAGAGUUACCGGAGCAGAACUGCGAGUACCGAGAGGUGCAGUACUGGGACCAGCGCUACCGGAGCGCUGCCGACUCUGCUCCCUACGAGUGGUUCGGGGACUUUUCUUCCUUCCGUGCCCUCCUAGAGCCGGAGCUGCGGCCGGAAGACCGUAUCCUCGUGCUAGGCUGCGGGAACAGUGCCCUGAGCUACGAGCUGUACCUUGGGGGCUACCCUGAUGUGACCAGUGUGGAUUACUCAUCAGUAGUGGUGGCUGCCAUGCGGGCUCGCUAUGCCCAUGUGCCCAAGCUGCGCUGGGAGACCAUGGACGUGCGGGCGCUGGGCUUCCCCAGUGGCUCCUUUGACGUGGUGCUUGAGAAGGGCACACUGGAUGCCCUGUUGGCUGGAGAGCAGGAUCCGUGGACCGUGUCCUCUGAAGGUGUCCACACUGUGGACCAGGUGCUGAGUGAGGUGGGAUUCCGGAAGAGGACAAGAUACUUCUUGAGCUCGCGCACCCAGCUGGAGCUGGUCUUGGCAGGUGUCUCUCUACUGCUGGCUGCACUGCUUCUGGGCUGCUUUGUGGCCCUGGGGGUCCAGUACCACAGAGACCCAUCCCACAGCACCUGCCUCACAGAGGCCUGUAUUCAAGUGGCUGGAAAAAUCCUGGAGUCCCUGGACCGUGGGAUGAGCCCCUGUGAGGACUUUUACCAGUUUUCCUGUGGAGGCUGGAUUCGGAGGAACCCCCUGCCCGACGGGCGUUCUCGCUGGAACACCUUCAACAGCCUGUGGGACCAGAACCAGGCCAUACUGAAGCACCUGCUUGAAAACACCACCUUCAACUCCAGCAGUGAGGCUGAGCGGAAGACGCAGCGCUUCUACCUAUCCUGCCUGCAGGUGGAGCGCAUUGAGGAGCUGGGAGCCCAGCCGCUGCGAGACCUCAUUGACAAGAUCGGUGGUUGGAACGUUACGGGGCCCUGGGACCAGGACAACUUCAUGGAGGUGCUGAAGGCAGUAGCAGGGACCUACAGGGCUACCCCCUUUUUCACUGUCUACGUGAGCGCCGACUCUAAGAGUUCCAACAGCAAUGUUAUCCAGGUGGACCAGUCUGGGCUCUUUCUACCCUCUCGAGAUUACUACCUAAACAGGACUGCCAAUGAGAAAGUGCUUACCGCCUACCUGGACUACAUGGAGGAGCUGGGCAUGCUGCUGGGUGGAAGGCCAGCCUCCACACGGGAGCAGAUGCAGCAGGUGCUGGAGCUGGAGAUACAACUGGCCAACAUCACAGUGCCCCAGGACCAGCGGCGGGAUGAGGAGAAGAUCUAUCACAAGAUGAGCAUUGCAGAGCUGCAGGCCCUGGCUCCCUCGAUGGACUGGCUGGAGUUCCUGUCUUUCUUACUGUCACCGCUGGAGCUGAGUGAUUCUGAGCCCGUGGUGGUGUAUGGGAUGGAUUAUUUGCAGCAGGUGUCAGAGCUCAUCAACCGCACGGAGCCAAGCGUCCUGAAUAACUACCUGAUCUGGAACCUGGUGCAGAAGACAACCUCGAGCCUGGACCGCCGCUUUGAGUCUGCGCAAGAGAAGCUGCUGGAGACCCUCUAUGGCACCAAGAAGUCCUGCAUGCCAAGGUGGCAGACCUGCGUCUCCAACACGGAUGACGCCCUUGGCUUCGCUUUGGGCUCCCUCUUUGUGAAGGCCACGUUUGACCGGCAAAGCAAGGAAAUUGCAGAGGGGAUGAUCAGCGAGAUCCGGACGGCCUUUGAGGAUGCCCUGGGACAGCUGGUUUGGAUGGAUGAGAAGACCCGCCAGGCGGCCAAGGAGAAAGCAGAAGCCAUCUAUGACAUGAUUGGUUUCCCAGACUUCAUCCUGGAACCCAAAGAGCUGGAUGAUGUUUAUGAUGGGUAUGAAGUCUCUGAAGAUUCCUUCUUCCAGAACAUGUUGAAUCUGUACAACUUCUCUGCUAAAGUGAUGGCUGACCAGCUCCGCAAGCCUCCCAGCCGGGACCAGUGGAGCAUGACCCCCCAGACAGUGAAUGCCUACUACCUUCCAACCAAGAAUGAAAUUGUCUUCCCUGCCGGCAUCCUGCAGGCCCCCUUCUACGCCCGUAACCACCCCAAGGCUCUGAACUUUGGUGGCAUCGGUGUGGUGAUGGGCCACGAGUUGACACAUGCCUUUGAUGACCAAGGGCGCGAGUAUGACAAGGAAGGGAACCUGCGGCCAUGGUGGCAGAAUGAGUCUCUGGCAGCCUUCCGGAAUCACACAGCCUGCAUGGAGGAGCAGUACAGCCAGUACCAGGUCAAUGGGGAGAAGCUCAAUGGCCGCCAGACACUGGGGGAAAACAUCGCUGACAACGGGGGGCUUAAGGCUGCCUACAAUGCUUACAAAGCGUGGCUGAGAAAGCACGGGGAGGAGCAGCAGCUGCCAGCUGUGGGGCUCACCAACCACCAGCUCUUCUUUGUGGGAUUUGCCCAGGUGUGGUGCUCGGUCCGCACACCCGAGAGCUCUCACGAGGGGCUGGUGACCGAUCCCCACAGCCCUGCCCGCUUCCGUGUGCUGGGCACUCUCUCCAACUCCCGUGACUUCCUGCGGCACUUCGGCUGCCCUGUCGGCUCCCCCAUGAACCCAGGGCAGCUGUGUGAGGUGUGGUAG